AUGGAAUCUCAGGACGGUAUCGAUGUCCGCCCUAUGAGGCUGAAAGUUCUUUACACAUUCGACAACGAAAACAAGACUAAUUGUCUUGCUCGUUGGCCACACGUGCUCGACAUCCAAACGGCUUUCCUAGACGAGAACACUCCGGUUGGAGUGAUCGAGUUGAAAAUAUGCAUCCAGGCAAUCAUCUCUGCUAGCCCAGAGCUUGUGGGUCAAUUAGGAAAGGAUUAUACCGUCUAUGCAUACGACUAUUCCGAAUUCGAAACCCCUCUUGUCGGGCAAGGCAUGCUUUCUGGGGUGCUGGCCACCUUCUCAUCGACAUCCGAUACACCCAACAACCAGGCGAAGACGAUGAUUACUGGCCGAGUUUGCAAGAGCCCUCUCAGUGGUCUCUUCUCAAAGGGCGCUCAAGAAACAUUGGAGGUUAAAUUACGGCUGGUGCCUGUCCCAACCGUCACUCAGAGUGAGUACCUCGCCAACAAGCAGAAGUAUCAGAAGUUGAUCAAUGGCAAUUCAGGCGACUUUGACACGCAAUCAUGGGCAAACUUCGUUCGUCAAAACCCGGCCCUCCUAGAAUCCUCGAGAAGCCAGAGCCACAACGACAAUGUCGGAUCUCCGAUACAUCAAUCUGGGAUUGAGAGAUUCCACCAGCUCUUGAGCGAAGGCUCAACGCCACGAGAGUUCCCUACAUUCCACCACAGUGGAUCGGUCCGCUCGGUAUCACCUUCACACUCAUACGCUGGCAGUCGAGUGUCAACACCCGGUGGAUGUCGAACACCAGCUCAUCAUCAAUCUUACCCCAAGCAGAGCAUUCCUCAUAGUGAUAUGAUUCGCCCGUCCUCGAGUGCCUCUAUGCGGGACUGCGACAACCAGACCCAGCUUUCACAUAUCUCAAGCAACAACCUUCGAAGAGGAUCCAUUCACUCAGGAUAUGGCAGUGGUGACGAAGAAUCAACGGAGGCCCCGGCCCGGAAGAGGGCCAAGGUGUAUCAAGCGAAUUGGCCCGGAAAAUCAGGUGCAAACAUCGAAAGACAACCAAGUUCACUACGAGUUGCAGCCAGCACAGCGGCCUCUGUACGAAUCCACCGCCCAACCCCCGUGAACCCCAUUCUCACGGUCGAGCAUUCCCACGAAGAACCCGUCCGUCCACCCACCCCCAUAUCUCGACCGUCUGAUUUCCCCCGUCGAAGCCGACCUACGGGUAGCUUGUUGCGGGAGUCGUCGAGCCUGAGCAUUGCCUCAUGCCCUGCUUCGUACAAUUCUCCAUACUGUAUAAGUGAUGACGUCCCUAGCACAGACGCUGGCGGUCCCUCUCCUGAGGACACUCGCUACCAAGGUCUCUUUGAGCCAUCCUUCAACAUGCCAUCAUCACCUCCAGUUUUCGAUAGCCGGUUGGCAAAUAGAUCAAGCCCUGUCUUGCCUACGAUGGCUUUGGACAACGACUCCGGCUUCAUGAGUGCAGGACCGGAUGAACUCAUGGAUGACGACACCGCUAUGCCCCUAGAUGAUCGCAGAAUGGGAGAGUCUCGUGGGAUAACCCGAGACCAGUGCUCUGUUCGCACUACCGUGCAGGCAGGCUCUCCGGUCAGCGUUGUCAGUGCUGCCCAGGGAACCAACAAUGAUCCUCUCCCCGUCGAUGAUAAUCCAACGGAGCUGGUUGCAAAGCAGGCGCCGCGUCCGAUAUCUCGUCCUCCCCCUUCUUGCCCAGCUCAGCCCCGUCCUGCAUCCCGCCCCCCCUAG